UGGACUUUCUCACUUGCAGAAUAGCUUGGUUGCCAUCGUACUAUUUUAACUUUCUUCAGUUGCUAAAAGAAACUAAUUUUGGAAACCAUUUUGGCAGUCAUUUGACCAAACACAUUUAGUUUUUGCAAUGUCCUCAGGAAUGAUAAGAAAUAUGGAAGAAAUAUCAGAGUUAAAGUACAUGUCAGGAUUUGGUAAUGAAUUCAGCUCUGAAGAUCCACGCUGCCCUGGAGCUUUACCAGAAGGACAGAAUAAUCCUCAGGUCUGUCCGUAUGGUCUGUAUGCUGAACAGAUCUCAGGUUCAGCUUUUACCUGUCCACGAUCCUCCAAUAGGAGAAGCUGGUUAUAUAGAAUUCUGCCUUCUGCUUGCCAUAAGCCCUUCCAGCCUAUUGAUCAGGGUCAUCUGACACAUAACUGGAAUGAAACUGAACCGGAACCCAACCAGUUGAGAUGGAAGCCAUUUGAGAUCCCUACAAUCUUUCAAAAAACACUGGACUUUGUAACUGGACUAUAUACUUUGUGUGGUGCUGGUGAGCCAAAGUCAGGGAAUGGGCUGGCAAUUCACAUCUUCAUCUGUAACAACUCCAUGAUUAACAGAUGUUUUUGUAAUUCCGAUGGAGACUUUCUGAUUGUACCACAGCAAGGCAAACUGCUCAUCACUACAGAGUUUGGCAAGCUGCUAGUGGAGCCGAAUGAGUUCUGUGUCAUUCAGAAAGGAAUGCGUUUUAAUGUGGAAGUAUUUGGAGAAACUCGAGGCUACAUCCUAGAAAUAUAUGGUGUACAUUUUGAGUUACCUGAUCUAGGACCAAUUGGAGCCAAUGGCUUAGCUAAUCCACGAGACUUCCUUGUGCCGGUUGCCUGGUAUGAAGAGGGCCAAAUAGCUGAGGGUUACACAGUGAUCAACAAGUACCAAGGGAAACUCUUUGAAGCAAAACAGAACUGGUCUCCCUUCAAUGUUGUGGCUUGGCAUGGGAAUUACACACCAUACAAGUAUAAUUUCAGCAAGUUCAUGGUCAUAAAUUCUGUAGCUUUUGAUCAUGCGGAUCCUUCCAUCUUUACUGUCUUAACUGCAAAAUCAACCCGUCCUGGAGUGGCAAUUGCUGAUUUUGUUAUAUUUCCACCCCGCUGGGCAGUGGCCAACAACACUUUCCGUCCACCUUAUUAUCACAGAAACUGUAUGAGUGAAUUUAUGGGCUUAAUCAAAGGGAAUUAUGAAGCAAAGGAACAAGGAUUUCUACCAGGAGGAGCCACUCUGCACAGCAUCAUGAUACCGCAUGGACCAGAUGCUGAAUGUUUUGAGAAGGCCAGCACAAGCAGGCAGGAGCCUGAGAAAAUUGCAGAGGGAACUAUGGCUUUCAUGUUUGAAUCAUCCUUUAGCUUGGCUGUGACCAAGUGGGGGCUGAAAACCAACUUGGAUAAGAAUUACUACAAGUGUUGGGAAGAGCUGAAGAUCAAUUUUAAUGCCAAAUGUAAAUGAAGUAUCCAUAUCCAGUUUCUUCAUUCCCAAGUAGUUCAAGAAAAUCAUGGAACAAUAUCUUAACCAUCUUAAAUGAGCAUAUGAAAUAAAGUCUAGCAGCUGAAAAAAUUAAAAUCACUAAUGUGAAUUGUUCAUGUAAAACUGUCCAUUAUGAAAUUGGGAAUAUAUGUAAGCCCAUCAUAUCAUACCCAGUAUAAAAAAGAGAAAAGAAAAAAAAAACCCUCCCAAGCCUAGCACAAAAAAACUUGUGUAGACUUAUGUUGUUGAAGAACUUCUUUUAUGAGGUGAUUUCUCAAAUAUAUAUCACUGGGCUCAA